AACAGUACUAUCGUGUGCCAAUGAUGCUCUUUGAAACGUUGCUUACGACAGCCAGGUGGGGCCAAAAAGAGAUAUAUUGGGAGGCUGCUUGUUUCACUUAGGGACGAUUCAGUUAGUCGCAAGCGAGCGAUACUCCACUCAACACGCUCAUCAGAACAAACCGUACAAGUGUUUUUUGGUCUCAGAAUCUUUCAAUAUGUGGGACGACGUUGAAGACGAACAGCCCAAGGUGGAGGCGCCAGCAGCCGAUGCAGCUCCUCCAGUAGCCGAUGAGGCUGCCGCUGCUCCAGAAGGUGAAGCAAAAGCCGAGGAAGCAGAAACACCUGCACCACAAAAGCCUGAAAACCAAAAGGACAAAAGGCUUGUUUGUAAACAUUGGGUUAGGCCCAAGUUCUCCACGUACAACUAUUUAUACGAGUUCCAAAAGAAUUAUUAUGAUGACCUGAUACAUUAUAUCGAUAGGCGGAACAGAGGUUUGCCAGUUGAAAGACCAGUUCCCCAAACUUGGGGUGAACGUGCACUGCGUACCUAUCUAUCCCAAAGUUAUAACUACGAUAUCGCGAGAACAGCAAGAGAGGACAAGUACCUCUUACACCAUAUCUCAGUUGGUGCCAAGUUCCAGAGAGCCCACACCAAGUCCCUAAUUUCUAGGAAGUAUUCCAACCUGGGGUUUAACACCGUCUACAUCUAGCUUCGCUUUAAACACCUGCUUACCGUUGCUUUGCGGACUGCAAUUAGAUCUCCCUUCGUGACCUUAUUAUCCAUGUUACAGGAUUUCGUUGUCGUGAUUCGUCCCGUGGCGCUAACAAAAGCAAUAUGUCGUUAUGAAAUCAAGAUUCCGCAAUCCUAUCGCUAUACUUAAAUUAUAUCAAUAAUGAAGACUACAAUAAACAGUUUAAUUAAAA